AUGGAGGCUGAAGAAAUCUACAUGAACCAGGAGGUGAAGAUGCAGGCAGCAGCCUUCAAAGACAAGAAACCAGGGUGCCUAGCGCAAAACAAAGACGCCAGUGACCCUGACUAUGAGAAUAUCAGCUUGACCUUCAGAAACCAGGGCCGGCCAAAUGGUAACCAUUCACCACCCAAGAGUCAGGUCCCAGCCAAGUCCAGGCCACCCUCAGGACCUGCCCAGACCCCCCAGUGGCUGUACAGAGCCAUCAUGAGCCUGUACAUUCUCCUGGCCUUGACCUUCAUCUUCUUCAUCAUCCUCUCCGCUGUGGUCCUGGUAAAGAAUGCUGAGAUGUCCCAAGAGUUGCUGGUCUUGAAAAGGGAGCUAUGGAACGUCUCAAACUCUGUGCGCGAGGGGCAGGAAGCGCAGAACAAGGGCCAGACCCACAUCCAGUGGGCAGUUGAUCAGAACAAGGCGGCCAUCAGCAAUGUCAACACCACUAUCCAGAAUGCCAUGAACAAUGCCAAGAGUAACAUUUUAGUGGAACUGGGGAAGAAAACGAACCAUAUUGUGAUGAAGCUGGACAAGCUGCUGCAACAAAAGCCCCAGUACGGGGAGGUCUUUGCUACCAUCUCCUAA